GGGGAGUGGAGCUUAAAGACCCGAAUUUUCAGGCGGUUUUUUUAGGAAAGACUCAUCGCUGCUCCUGAGAGUCCCGGACCCCCAAGCGGCGUACACGCGCGUGGCCACUUAGUAAUCCAGCUGCCACGAUGGUCAACGUACCCAAAACCCGGCGGACUUUCUGUAAGAAGUGCGGGAAGCAUCAGCCCCACAAGGUGACCCAGUACAAGAAGGGCAAGGAGUCCCUGUACGCCCAGGGGAAGCGGCGCUACGAUCGCAAGCAGAGUGGCUAUGGCGGGCAGACCAAGCCCAUCUUCCGCAAGAAGGCCAAGACCACCAAGAAGAUCGUGCUGCGGCUGGAGUGUGUGGACUCCAACUGCCGAUCCAAGAGGAUGCUGGCCAUUAAGAGAUGCAAGCAUUUUGAACUGGGAGGAGAUAAGAAAAGAAAGGGCCAAGUGAUCCAGUUCUAAAUUGCCCAUUCCUUGGUUUAUUGUCAUGUUUUUGUUCCAGAUGCCUGGGACCAAACCCAGUAUAUCACCCAGUUCGAGGCAUGCCUCCUGUAUCCCUGAGCCACACUCCUAUUCCAGUCUUGUUCUUUUUUGUUUGUUUGUUUUGUUUUUUAUUUGCUCUUCAUGUCCCGAUCUUGUUUUUGAGUGUAAAAAUGUGGAUAUUGUUAAUGUUUUAAGAGUUGUUUUACCUGUAUGAAAAUAAAUGCACUGAUUUCUUA